CCUGCCUUACAUCCCCAUAUUUGAGUGCUUCUACUUUGUUUGCCAGAGUGAAUUCUUCACCAGUAGCCCAGGAAGGUCUAUUAGGCGUAGGCCAUAACAUUUCCCGGGUCUAUCAUAACGGCCCGCCUAUAGGCUACCUCUGCAGCAUACCAAGCACAGUCGUACUUCACGGCUGCUUGAAAGGAGCAUGGGACCCUCGGGACACAUCUCCUCGGUACUGCUGGUUGUCUUUCUGCUGGGGCUUCAUCACUCCUCAGGUUUCUGGAUCCUGAAUGUUGUAUUCCCUCCAAACGCUAAGCCCGAGAUACAAACCAACAGCACUCCACCACUCAUUAUUGUGCCAGGAAACUUGGGGAACCGCCUGGAAGCUAAGAUAGACAAGCCAACAUUGGUCCACUGGAUGUGCUACAAGAAAACGGAUCACUGGUUCCCCCUGUGGAUCGACCUCAACAUGUUCAUGCCUAUAGGUGUAGACUGCUGGAUUGAUAAUAUUAGACUUGUAUACAACAGGACGACUAGGAGGUCAUCAAACUCACCAGGGGUACAGGUUCGGGUGCCAGGAUUUGGGCAGACAUAUCCCAUCGAGUUUCUUGACUCUAACAGACUGGCUGGUUAUUUUCACACUAUGGUGCAACAUUUGGUGCAGGUGGGCUACACCCAAAAUGAAACAGUCCGAGGAGCACCGUAUGAUUGGAGGUUAGCUCCCAAUGAGAAUGCAGAUUAUUUUACAAAGCUGCAGGAGCUGGUUGAAGAUAUGUUCAACCAACAUGGGAAGCGUGUUUACCUGCUUGCACACAGCAUGGGCUGCCACUAUGUCCUUUACUUCCUCAACCACCAGCCCUCAACCUGGAAAGACAAAUACAUCAGGGGCUUCAUUUCUCUUGGGGCUCCUUGGGGGGGUGCUGUUAAGCCUCUAAGAGUCCUGGCAUCAGGUGAAAACGAUGGCAUUCCAAUGAUUUCCAACAUCAAGAUCCGGGAGGAGCAGAGGAUGACAACAACUAAUCCCUGGAUGCUGCCAUCUCAAGAAUUCUGGCCAAAAGACCAUGUGUUUAUUUCCACUCCAACCUUUAACUACACCAACCAGGACUACAAGCGCCUCUUCACAGACAUCAAUUAUGAGGAUGGCUGGUACAUGUGGGAGGACACCAAGAAUCUUACCAGUGAUCUACUCCCGCCAGGUGUCGAGGUGUGGUGUAUGUACGGCGUAGGAAUUCCAACUCCGAUAACAUACAUAUACAAUGAGGAUUUUCCCAAUGAGGACCCGGUGGACUUCGUUUAUGCCGAUGGGGAUGAUACUGUGGACAGCUUUAGUAUGGGUCUUUGCAAACGAUGGGCGGGGCAGCAGGAGAAGCCCGUCCACGUUACAGAGUACCGAGGGCUGGCCCACUUGGACAUUGUGUUUCACGAAAAGGUGCUCAACCAAAUCCAGAACAUCUUGGAGGGCAAAGCUGAUGUGCCAACAAGUAUUGAUGUCAGACCUGGAACCAACUAGUACUAGAAAAUACCUUAUGAACCUUUAAAGUCUAUUGAUAAGCAGGUUUUUACAUAGUUAUAUAGUUAUAUACAUAGAACUAUAACCCAUUUUAGUUCCUAGAACCCAGUUUAGAGGAACCUUUUUAGCUCCUGCUUCAGAGUAGGUACCAUGGCAGUGUGAAUGCAGACAGAAGAAAAGUUCCCAUGGUGUGUAGUUCUCCGGGAACUCCCAGUGGAUAGUUCCUCAUCAGAAAAUCCCCAGAACAGUUUGGUCCAGAAACAGUAUUAGAUUAUGUUCUAUUGGUAGUUGGCUAGUUACUAUUGUGAAUAAAGUCUAUUUUAUUGGGAA